AUGCCAGCUAUAACAACGCACAAACAGUACGUGCAACUGGAAGGACUGGACCCCCAUAAUUUCUACAGGUUCACUGUGUACGCAUUGUGGGCAAACGGUACCCCCAGGGAUCCUUAUAUGGAUGUAGAUUAUACAACACCGCAAAAAGAUGACACACUCCCUACUGAACUCACCGCGAAGGUCCUAAGCUCCAGCUCUAUACGCUUAAAUUGGAAACCAGCAACACGUUCAGAUCGUCAGCGUCCACGGUACACUAUUGAAUGCAAUUUACAACCCAAUCAACGCUAUACAACGGACGAAACGACGUAUGACAUGAUCAACCUUGCUGAUGUGGAAAAAAACCCCAGUGAUGUCGUUGCUGAGGCCUGCAGUUCAACCUGUAUCCGUCUAACCUGGAAGGCACCUAAGCAAUCUGAGGGUUUGGACAAAUUCUACACGGUUAUAACAAACUCAGAUUACAACAACGCACAGCAAACCGAGAAGACCACAAUCGACAUUGAAUAUCUUUCACCAGGAACGAUGUAUGUCUUUACAGUGCGCUCAAAGUCUGCCUGGGGCUUUUUGUAUGAACCCGGCGGGCAUGCAAGUGCAAGGACGCGCGAGGGUGCCUAA